GUAAAAACAAGCAACGAGCGGCCUUCUCUUCGGGUUAGCCCUCCUCACUCACUUGCACGUCCCUCAAUUUCGUCCCAAAUAUUUUUUAUUUUACGAUUACUUCUGAGGUGAGUUGGUCCUCGGAACGUACAAGGUUCGGCUAAGCUCGGAUCCCGCUCUUUCCUGCGGCUGCUCGGACACAUUCGGCUCUUCUCGUUUGUCAGAAGAAUGGACGAGGCAGACUCGGCCACGAAGGCGCUCGGGCUGGAUGAACCGCCCAUCGGCGAGCCUUCGGUGGAGGGAGUGGGCUCGGAUACGGAGUCGGAGGCCGAAGUCACUACGAUGUCUGUGAUGGCAGAACCGGGAAACAUCGACCUGGGAGCCGAGUCCAUGCCGAACCCAGACGAGGCCGAGGCUGCAUUUGCAGAUGUGACGACAGUGACGGUGAGGGACGUUCAGGCUGCAGAGGACAGUGUUUUCACCACAACAGUCACCCCGUCUGGAAGUCUUCCUGAGCACGUGUUGAGUGGCAGGACCACUCUCCAGCUGAGCGAAGGUCUCAGCACCCAGAAGGCCACUCUGAUUGUGGUUCACACUGACGGCAGCAUCGUGGAAGCUACCGGCCUCAAGUCUGCUGCCACCAUCACAUCAGGCCCACAGACUCCACCAACUCCACUGACUCCAUCCAGUGACAAAGACUCCUGCUCCAAGUACAACUGGGACCCUUCGGUGUACAACAACGAGCUGCCAGUUCGCUGCAGGAACACCAGUGGAGUCCUGUACAAGAAUCGACUGGGAUCAGGGGGUAAAGGUCGCUGCAUCAAACACAACGAGCAGUGGUUCACUCCUACAGAGUUUGAAGGCCUAGCAGGAAGAGCAAGCAGUAAAGACUGGAAGAGGAGCAUCCGGUAUGCUGGCCGACCUUUGCUCUGCCUCAUACAGGAGCGGAUCUUAAACCCUCACGCUGCUUCCUGCACCUGUGCUGCCUGCUGUGAUGACCUGGUACCGGUUGCAAAGGAGGGAGACUCCCUGGCAGCAGAAAGUGUCAAUAUGACCGGCCCGGUCCGCCUCUUCGUGCCGUACAAAAGAAGGAAGAAGGAAAAUGAACCCCUUGUUAUCCCUGCCAAAAAGGAACUUCCUUCCCCCAAGAACAUCACACUGGCUCCGGGGACCACAUUCACCGUGUCCCCGGCAGGACAGUUCACCUCCGGCACCCUGACCUUUGACCGAACUCCGACCGGAGACGGCGCCGCCGCUGCCAUCAUCUCCGAGGGGGGCGCACAGAGCGAGGUGUUUGCCAGCACUACAGUGCUGACAGCAUUACCAGCGUUGGCCGUGACUCCUCAGCCAAUUCAAGCCAAAGUUGCCAUGGCAACAGCAGCGUCGUCUCCGUCAGCAACACUGGUGACGAGACUGGAGGUGGGAGCCAUGGAGGGUGCAGAGGCAGCAGUAAAUGAUGGGCAGAAAAACACCUGGGUGUACCUGGAGGAGUUGGCCAACACGCUGAUGAACAACGUCCAGCAGAUGAAGUCUCUCAUCGAGCAGGCCAAGAACUCUGCAGGCGACGCAGCCAAAGGUCCGGGAGGCAGGAAGGAGUGUGGUCUUAGUCAGCCGUUUCAGAGCCAGAUCUCCUUUCAGCAUCCAGAUGACUCGGAAGCCAAGAGGAGCUCUGACAUCACAGAGAUCAUCAUCAACCAGAUGUGUGUGAACUGUGGUCGGGUGGCCAUGAGUGAGUGUACAGGCUGCCAUAAAGUCAACUACUGCUCCACAUUCUGCCAGAGGAAGGACUGGAAAGACCACCAGCACUCCUGCUGUCAGUCAGCAGGGGGCGUGGCAGUCCACGAGGAGGAGCCAAUCACAACCAUCGACAUGGACAAAGUGAAGUGACUGUGCUGCAGCCUUCCUCCAGUCCCAUGAUGAAAACCUCCUGCCAUUAGCUGCUGCAGAGUCUGGACACCACCAACAGAAGACUCAUGCUGUUCAGUUUUAUUUAACUAAACAUCACUCCAAUCCAGUUAUACCCCAUUCAGUCCAACUGACUUCAAUCCAACUAUAAUCCAAUUAAAUCAACUUAAUU